UAGAGUGCCGCUUCCUGUGAGGCCUCCUUGGCGAUGGCCGCAGGGACCCGCACGACGCCGUCGCCGGCCGCGCAUGCACUUGACGGUGACAUGGCAGCCGCCGCAACGCGGUCGGUGCCGGCGUCGCUCGUCGCCGCGAGCCUGGUGGUGGUGGGCCUCGGCGGCGGCGCGCUGCUGGUCUGGUGGGCGGCCGCGUUCCACCGCGCGAACGCCAGGCUGUGGAUGGUGCCCGUGGGGCUCGUCCUCCUCGGCACCCCGCUCGUCGUGUGGCUCUCCGUCUUCGCCUCCGGCCCGUGUGACCGCUCCAGCUCCAGGGUGCCGCCGCCCGCCGCUUCAAGACCUUAGGGCAUCUCCAACGAACGAUGCAUUUCGGACGUCCAAAAGUGGUCGCGAACAUCCGUUUGCAUCGCUCAACGGACAU